AUGGCAACUUUUACGCUUAAUUUUUCAAAUAAUACAAAUGCUAAUGCCAAAGUUCCAUCUGGUCUUUUAAUCGAUGUAGAGCAAGAAAAAAUUCUAAUUAAUAUUCUUUCUAAUCUAAAUAAUCUUAUUAUAAAAUCCUGGUCUAUUUACGAUCAAGAAGAAGCUAACAUUUUUCUGGAGAAGCAUGGAUUUAAAACCGAGGAUGAUAAUAUAAAAUGGGCAAUACGAAGAACAAAAUCAUCCAAACUUACUAGCCGAUCUCUUUAUCAGUGUCUUUGUGAAAGUAUAUCAGAGAAGCACCGUAAUAUCGAGAAUUAUGGAAAAAAUCGAAAGAGAUAUCCAUUCGUAGGUUGUUUAGCCUUCGGAUAUAUUACUACUAAUAAUAACGAUGGUAGCGUCUUAAAAUUCGAAGGAUACUUAACUCAUCCAAUAGCUUGUAAACAAGCUUUGCCUAUUGUAGCACCAAAGCUGAUGUUGAAUUUAAAAGUUCGCCAAAUUGCAGAAAAUAUGCUUGCGGCUGGAAUGAGUCCAAAAAUUAUCCUAGGGCAAAAUAUGAAGUUUGUUGAAGAAAGUUGUGGUGGCAAUCCAAUUGUGGGAAAUGAAAAGCUAUUGCUAACGUCGAAAGAUCUCUAUAACAUACGACGAACGUUCUAUAAAAAGGAUUGGGAGAUUGAUGUUCGCAAAAGUGUAGCUAUUAAUUUAGAAAAUCUUUUUAGUAAGCGUGGCAACAAUGAG